CGAGCAUGAAACGUCAUGCCAAGUCUGCGCGGGGCAGACUCGUGCGACGCGUACUUGCAAAGCUAAGCCCCCACCUUUCAUUCAGGCUUCGAGCAAUCCAUUGACAUUGUGCGUCCUUUCAAAGGCAUUGUACUAUGGCAGACGACGAUCUGGCGUACGGCGAAUACCAUGGACAGGGCGGAGAGACGAGUGAGCGCGGCUUUCUGGGAGAUGCAUUUCGCAAAUUCACCUCAGGACGACGACCCGGCAACGACCAGCAGCCGGCCUCUUCUAACGUAACACAAACGUACCAACCGCAUCUAUCUGGACAGCCUCAAGGCAUCGGAUCCUCUCCAAAUCCCCUGCAAGGCUCCGGAAGUGGCAUGUCGCUGUUCGACAAGCUGCAACAAGGGGUGCACAAGCUAGGCUACGACCUCAAAACCAAAAUAGCGAUGAGCGAAAUCCACUCCCACACCCAUGAUGGAGGUCAAUGCCACCCAGGUGCUCAUGAACUGCACAAAAAGAACAGGUACAUGAGUUUUGCCCCGCAAAGACCCAGCGGAAAUCAUGUCAAGUGGUACGUCGACGGCUGUAGUUACAUGUGGGCCGUCAGCAAGGCAUUGGAGUCAGCAAGAGAGAGCAUAUGGAUACUGGAUUGGUGGCUAAGCCCUGAGCUGUAUCUUCGGAGACCGCCUGCGAAGAACGAGCAGUACCGGAUCGACAACAUGCUAAAGGCCGCCGCCGAGCGAGGAGUGAAAGUGAACAUUAUCGUAUACAAAGAGGUUACUCAGGCCUUGACGCUCUCCUCGGCGCAUACGAAGCAUCACCUGGAAGGACUGCAUCCCAACAUUUGCGUGUUCCGUCAUCCUGAUCACUUGCCGGAUAAGCAAAAUAUGGCUCAAGACUUCGUUCAAGGUCUGCAGAAUCUCAAGUUGAGUGCAUCUUCGCUAGCUUCGAUGCCUGGAAAUGCGCUCAGUGCUCUUUAUGGUUCCACUGAAGACUCCGUACUCUAUUGGGCUCAUCACGAGAAAUUAUGUCUGGUCGACGGUACGAUGGCCUUCAUGGGUGGUCUUGAUCUUUGCUAUGGUCGAUGGGACACAAAUCAGCACUCAAUCGCAGACGUUCAUCCUGGAGAUCUGAACCGCAUCGUAUUUCCUGGUCAAGACUAUAACAAUUCCCGGAUCAUGGACUUUCAGGAUGUCGUUCACUGGCAAAAUAACAAGCUUGACCGAACUAAGAACUCCCGUAUGGGUUGGACAGACUUGAGUAUCUGCAUAUCUGGACCAGUCGUUCAUGACCUUCGAGAGCACUUUGCACAAAGAUGGAACUUGAUAUACGAGGAAAAAUACCGUGUCCGAAAGGACACAAGGUAUUCUUUGUUAAGCGUUUCUUCAGCUCCAGGAGUUGUCCAUCCUCCUCAACAGAUUCCAAGCUAUCAACAAGAAGUCCCUCAAUUCGCACCACCUCCGACUCAAGUGGCACGAAGCUUUGAAGGUGAAGAUGAAGACAGCCGUGGGCUUUAUGACGAUGACGGUGGCGAGAACGACCGCGGCUUAUUCAGCGGACGGGAGGGCGGUCUCCGCACCAAAAUGAAACAUCGUAUCGAACAAGAGUACAAAGAAUUUGAAGAAAGCAAAUACGGUCAGCAAAUGCAUCAGUAUGCAGGCCGUUAUGGAUUGCAUACUCAUCGGCCAACACCACCUGGGGGCUCACAUGUCGGUGCUGGCUCUGAUUUCUCUGUUCAGCUGACGAGAAGCUGUGCGAAAUGGAGCCAUGGUGUCCCAAUUGAGCAUUCGAUCGCGAACGCGUACAUUGAAGUUAUCAAAAACAGCGAGCAUUUUGUAUAUAUUGAAAACCAGUUUUUUAUCACUGCUACGACCGACAGGCAGCGGCCCGUUAGAAACAAGAUUGGUGCCGCCAUCGUCGAACGGAUUAUUCGAGCUGCACGAAAUGGCCAGAACUGGAAGAUGAUCGUAAUCAUGCCAGCCAUUCCUGCGUUUGCUGGAGACCUUCGCCAUGACGACGCGCUCUCGACGCGAGCCAUAAUGGAAUUCCAGUACAACUCGAUAAAUCGUGGCGGUGAUAGUAUUUACGAAACCGUUGCUCGUGCUGGCUACAACCCAAUGGACUAUAUUCGAUUCUAUAACCUACGCAACUACGAUCGCAUAAACACUUCUGCCACCAUGGCAAAGGUAGAGCAAACCAGCGGCGUCAAAUACGAAGAUGCACGAAAACAAUUUGACGCAACUUAUGGUGGUGGCUUCCGGGAUGAUGGGGCAUCUCAAAGUCGUGGGUUACACGAUAUUCAGACUCGAGAACCAUAUCCUGGCCAACAACAGUAUACCGCUGUACAAUCUACGUAUGGACAACUGCCCACGCAACAUCAAUAUCAAGCUUACCACCCAUCUGGUGGGGCUGCACCACCACCGUUGCAGCAGGAAUACCCUGCUGAGCUACCCGGGUCGGAGUAUCAAGUUCCUCCGCCUCCAUCCGGCCCGACACCACCACAACAGCAGCAAGAAGGAUAUGGGGAUCGGCCGCAAUACCAAGGGCAAAAUCCUCUUGGUCAGUACCAGCAAGCUGCACAGACCGUCACUGGACCUUGGAGCAGUGGCCGGUGGGAUUCCGUCGCCGAAUGCUAUAUGCUCAAUGGCGAGGACAUUCGUAACGUUCCAUGGGAGGGUCCUCCAGAGGCAGAGAUUGAUGCGUUUGUCACGGAAGAGCUCUAUAUUCACUCUAAGCUUUUGAUCGCCGAUGACCGGAUCGUGAUCUGUGGUUCUGCCAACCUCAAUGACCGUUCUCAACUUGGUGACCAUGAUUCAGAGAUUGCAGUUGUGAUUGAAGAUCACAAUAUGAUUGAUUCUACAAUGGACGGACGGCCAUGGAAGGCAUCCCGAUUUGCAGCAACGCUCCGCAGGCAGCUGUUCAAGAAGCAUCUUGGAUUGCUACCACCCCAGGACUACGAAAAGGAAGAGCCGAAUUACUUGCCAGUUGGCAUUCCGAAUGAGUACCAAUUCGGCACAGAAGAAGAUCGCGUUGUUGCAGAUCCAUUAGAUCAAAGCUUCCUGGAUUUAUGGAAUACCCGCGCAAGAAUCAACACAGAGGUGUUCGGCAAGGUGUUCCAUCCAGUACCUCAUGACAGUGUUCUUACCUGGAAAGACUAUGACGAAUGGUACGAGAAGCACUUCCGUGAGGCAGAUCCAAAGGACAAGAACAAGGCCAAGCCAGUGGGCAAAUACACAGUAGGCCACGUGGUAGCAGAAGAGUUUCCCGGCGGCGUUAGCCAAGUAAAAGAAGAGCUAAGCAAGAUUAGGGGCACUCUAGUCGAAAUGCCUCUGCUAUUUCUCAAAGGUGAGGACAUUGCCCAGGAGGGUCUAGAGUUUAAUGCCUUUACGGAAGAAGUGUACACUUAAUUGAGGAGGAUCCAGAAGGAGUGUCAGCGCAUAGUUAAGCAGUGGUACGAUGUCUGAGAAUGCAAACAACAUGAGCUUUUGUUUUCCAGCAUGCGAUAAUCGGGAACGCUACCUAAUCAUUCCCAUGCAUCAUACAAUGAAGCGGCUGACGCUUAAACAAUUUCUCCUGUCAAAAAAACGUUACUGAAAUAUUAAACGUAUUGCUAAAUGAAACCAAG